UUCAAUAACAGCAAACAGCUCCGAGCUGUCUGCGCUCCCCAGGAGGUGACUUACCAUCCUCUAACAGAGCUGAGAAAUCAAAUUAGCCCCAGCUUUACACUCUCUCUUUCCCUGACACCGCUAUUGGCAGCCGAGGGGAGUUCAUCAGGGCCGUGCACUAAUUCUUAUCUCGUUUAAGUGACUCCACGCUGCCAUCUGAUGCAAUUUGCUCCGUGCCGCAGCCGAGGGCUCCGAUCCUGCCUGGCUGCCUCACCAGCCCUCCCAGUAUGAGGGAGCUUGUGGAGAAGCUGGGAGCACCGUGAGGCUUUGGGGAAAGUCCUUCUCCAGCCUGCCCUGCUCAUCCCCAGGCUUCUUUCCCUGCCACUGAGCAGUUAUUCUUUCUUCCCCUUUAGCAACUCCAAUUCCAGCACUGCUCAGUGCAGCUCCAGAGAUCUCUGCCUGGCUGCUGGAAGCCCACUCUGCCCUGCAGCAGCUCUGGCUGUACCCACACCAAGCACCCCACUCCUGAAGUUACUUAAGGCCAGGUUGGAUGGGGCCCUGGGCAGCCUGGUUUGGUUGGCAACUUACACAUGGCAGGGGCUUGGAGCGCAGUGAUCUUAAAGACCCCCUCCAAGCUAAGCCAUUCUAUGGCUCUCUUCUUUGUAAGUCCCCGGCACAGAUCUCACCUCUCUCAUUUGCAGGCCAUGAAAGGGCUCCUGGCACAGCCUUGUGGCUCUCUCCAUUACCAGAACUGCUCCCCAUACACCUCCUGCAGCCCCUGCUCUCCUCCAUGGCUCGCAGUGCCCCGGAACAAACCUGCACAGCCACAAGGCAGCACCUUGCACAGGUUUCGUCCUUCACCUGCACAAUAUCCACAGUAGCACAGCUGUGAUGGGGAAAUCUCACACUGCUGUCACCCGCAGAUGAUGCAGCCAGCUCCCACCCCUCCCAGAAGCAGGAGCUUCCCCCCAGCACUAUGCGUGGCCAGGGGGCUCAGACGCUCAGCAUUCGCAGCAUGCCAGCCGUGGGGCGGGCGGCCUCCUCCUUCCUCCCUCCCCUCCUGAAACUCGAUGCAGCAGAGGAGGCUGAUUGCAAGAUUAAUUACGCAUUUUCCCAAACCUGACGGCUGGGGGACAGCGAGCAAAAAGUGCUGCCUGCUUCCCUGAUUGGGUUCACUUAGAGGAGAGCGCAGACUGCGGACGGAGCUGGGGACGUGGGGCACCAUGGUGCUGGUGGUGGCUGUCAUGUUGCUGCUCCUGGCACUGCUGCCACCGGUGUCGAUGCUGCAGGAUGCAGGAGCCCUGCAGGGGAGCCCAGUGCCAGAUCCCUCCACGCCAGCCCUGCUCCGUCUGUCUGACACGCUGCUGGCUCACUACAGGAGGGGAGUCCGACCCGUGCGGGACUGGCGCACCACCACCACUGUGGCCAUUGAUGUCAUGGUGUAUGCCAUCCUCAGCGUGGACGAGAAAAACCAAGUGCUGACCACCUACAUCUGGUACAGACAGCACUGGACAGAUGAGUUCCUCCAGUGGGAUCCAGCACAUUUUGACAACAUCACACAGAUUUCCCUCCCUGCAGAGAACAUCUGGGUGCCCGACAUUCUCAUCAACGAGUUCGUGGACGUCGGGAAGUCCCCUGACGUCCCCUACGUCUACAUUCGCCACCACGGAGAGGUCCAGAACCUCAAGCCCAUCCAGGUGGUGACAGCCUGCAGCUUGGACAUCUACAAUUUCCCCUUCGACGUCCAGAACUGCUCUCUUACCUUCACCAGCUGGCUGCACAACAGUGAGCGCGGGGGGCUCGGGGACGGGACCGGGGCGGGCGGCUCCGUGCAGGGGACGCGUCCCCCUCUAGGUGGCCCCAGCGGCUCGGGAAUGCCGUGCCCGGCAGCCUGCAGCUCGGUCCCCACCUCCCUUGCAGUCCACGACAUCAACCUCUCGUUGUGGCGGCAGCCGGAGCUGGUGAAAUUCGACAGGAGCGUCUUCAUGAAUCAGGGCGAGUGGGAGCUGCUCUACGUGCUCAGCCACUUCCAGGAGUUCAGUGUCAAAAGCAGCGACAGCUACGCCGAGAUGAAGUUCUAUGUGGUCAUCCGGCGGCGUCCUCUCUUCUAUACUAUCAACCUGCUGCUCCCUAGUAUCUUCCUGAUGGUGAUGGACAUUGUAGGCUUCUACCUGCCUCCCAACAGUGGUGAGAGGGUCUCUUUCAAGAUCACUCUCCUCCUGGGCUACUCAGUUUUCCUCAUCAUUGUAUCUGACACGCUUCCAGCUACUGCUGUUGGCACCCCACUGAUAGGCAUCUAUUUUGUGGUGUGCAUGGCGCUGCUCGUCAUCAGCCUCACAGAGACCAUCUUCAUUGUGCGCCUGGUACACAAGCAAGACCUGCAGCCUCACGUCCCCAGCUGGGUGAAGCACUUACUGCUGGAACGUGCCACUGCAUUGCUCUGCAUCUGGGACAGGAAGAAAUUCAGCCAAAGCAGAACACAGAGCUCAGACAUCUCUAGGCACAUGGAGAACAAUGACAGCACAGCCAAGCUGAACCACUACAGUUCCGAAGACCCUCGGGAGCGAGAGGUGGCAGGAGGCACAAGGCCCACCCCUGCCUUUGCCACUCCAGCAGAGGGCUCUCUGCUCAUUCACAGCAUCCUGCACGAGAUCACCACCAUCCGCCAGUUCCUCGAGAAGCGUGAUGAAUUUCGUGAUGUUGCCCGUGAGUGGCUGCAAGUGGGCUACGUGUUGGAUGUCCUGCUCUUCCGAGCAUACCUGGUGGCUGUCCUGGCCUACACUGUCACACUGGGAACCCUCUGGUCGGUGUGGCAGUAUGCCUGAGCUGCAUUUUAGGGCAGGCAAGGUGAGACCUCAGAUGCUGCUGCACUCCAGAGGCUACUCCCUGGUUUAUGCACUCAGACCCAUCUGUGUUUUCUGACUACAGAGAUCCAGACUGGUGCAAUUGCCCCACUUCCAGUAACUCUAGAACAGCAGCAUCUGAGCGCUAAGGGCUGAGGAAAAGUGAGCAAACGCCGAGCACGCCUACCCCAACCAAACCCCUGUCAGUUCCAACCGAGCUCCUUUUUCCCUUUCUCUCACCUCACAAGGGUUUCCCGGGUGACUGCAGCCUCUUCACCCAUCCCUCUUCAUCCUCCUCCCAGCCGGGUUAAGGCCACGAGCACAGCGCGGCCCCGCUCCCACCCGGCGCUUCAGCACCACGGACAGCGGCACAGUCCGGCAGCCGCCGCUCCCGUCGGGGCUCCCGGUCCCACCAACCUCCCGCGCUUCUGGACUCCUGGGGCUCAGCCCUCACCUUGCCCAGUGGAGCCUCAUCUGAAGCCCAGGCCACCAGGAUGCCCACCCCUCUCUCCUCCCUUCCCCAGGGUGUUUUUUUGCUCCCUCCUCCGUCUGGGGGCCACCCAACUCCUUCCCAGUCACACCUCAUCCUCAUCAUGCAUCCUGCUGUGGCAGAGGGACAUGGAUUUUCCCUCCAUGCAGGGCUGUGCUCACCAGCUCCACUCACCUUGCACGAAGCACUGGAAGCUGCACAUCUGUUUCUUGUUCUUUGUUAAUGCUUCAACCAGAGCCAGGAGUUCAUCAGAUCCUGCAUGUCAAUGUCUCCCCUUCUCCUGAGUGCUUUUUGCAUGCUUGACCAGUAGAUCCCCUCUGCAUUCCUACCCAUCAGCACAGUAACUGGAAGAGAACUGGGGGGGGGAAGGGGGGGGACAAAAAAAACAACAACAAAAAUACACAGUGCAAAUGGGUCUGUCUCCAUAGGAAUGCAAUGCUGGAAGAGACCAACAGGGUUACCUGUCCUGGUCCUCCACAAUGCAGGCUUCCAAAGCUGCCAUAUAUAAGCAUGCUCCCUCUACAUACCUCUGCCAGGGUAGUGGCACGAAGCUGCUGUCUAACAGGAGAGCUCCUGCAUCUCAGAACAGCAGGACUGGGAUUUGAGCCAAAAAUUGUAAAGAGCUGCUCUGCCCAGUGCAAUACCUGCACAGCGUGUUUGCAAACUAGGGGUAGUGUGUCAGGCAGCUGUGAUGUCUGCCAAGAGAAAAAGCCAAACUGAUGGCAUUUUCAGGGUGGUCCCUGAAGCCCUGUGCAGGUACAGACGUGUGCUUCACACUUGUUCCUUACCUGAGCAUCCGGCGCAGGCACCGUCCUCUAAAGUACUGGAGAUGAAGAGAGGCCUCAUCCUGUUUGCUCUGGUAGCUCCUUGGCAGGAACAUAGAUAUCACAGUUUCUGGCAUCUCUGUGUCCACUUUCAAGCCCACCAACCCCAAUGCACAGGCCAGACACCCUCCCAGGCCUUCACAUGCAGGAAAACUCCCUGCUAAGUGACAGGAGGGCUGCUGGCUGGGUGGCGUGGGCUCCUGGCAGCCCCAACCAGCACUAAUGCGCUGAUGGUCUGUAAGUGGCUGGCUAUUGAUGAGGUGUCCAGUUAAAGAGUUUGUGAGACACUAAAUCAGCCCAUUGAUCCUACCGAGAUCGAUGGUGCUACAGACCUGAUCACUGCAGCGGGCAAUUAACACCCUCUGGAAUGAGCUGCCUUCAUGUAACAUCAAACGCUCCAACAGACAAAUCCAAUGGGCCCAUUGAACCGGGCGUGUGACACCUCCCACCCGCACGAGACCUGGGCUGAGGUCGGUGGGACCACUGCAUCUCCUUCCUCAGCCAUGCCCCAUGGAUGCCCUCUGCCCCAUGGCUCACCUGUGCCACCACAGAUCCCACGGACAACACUUCUCUGGCCAUCCCGGUCUCGAUAUGACUUGAUCCCAGUGCAGAGCUGCUAACCCUCACCUACUCCACAGGUCACUGUGGGAAAUGAGUUAAGCUAGAGCAGGAGGCAGCACCCAGGCUUUCUCCCUUUCAGAUUACUGCUUUUCCCUUGCACGGCUUUGGGAAGUGCUGCAUGCAGGAAAAGUUACAGGCAUCUCUACGAGAUGAGCCUGGAUUUUCCUCUAAACAACAACAAAAAAAUCAAUAAAUCUGAAUCUAAUCUACUAAUAAAGGUUUAAUGAGGACAUAAUGUUGAUGGAACAGAACAUUGUUGCAGCAUAAUCACUCCCAGCUGCUGUGUGAAUGUGCAGACAAAGGCCCAGUCCUAUGACAAUUUCCCUGUUAUAAUAACUCCUUUGUAUGAGGCCAAACGCUGCAGUGGGAUCUUAUCCCUUCCUCCACGAAGUGCAGACAGCAGGUUGCUGCAAGCAGGACACUUCAACCAGGGGUGCCCAACACAUCCCUAGGAGUGGCUGUGCGAAGAGGCAGCACCCAGAGGCAGUUGCCACUUGGAGGCUCAUGCGUUGCCACCAGCACUUCAGGAGCCACUGAUGCUGGCUGUGCCCUGCAGCAGGACCCACAGAGCAGAGGAUGGGACACAGCUGUCCUAGGGGAGCUGGAGCCCUGUGAGAGACUUGGGGUGAGCACACUGCUCACUGUGGGCACAGGAAGAGCCUGUGCUCACACCAGUGCAUUGCAUCCAUAACCUGAAAAAUAAAGGACACAUUACAUCAAGUAACUGGGACUGCUAUAGGAUGGGCAUGUAACUGCAUCCUGGCCCCCCUGGGGGGCACCAAGGGCGGGAGGGAGCAGCUCGCAGCGCACCGGGCUGAGUGCCGCAUGCCAUACAGCGACAUAAAAGGAGUGCAGACUUUGCUGUUAAUGUAGUCAGUAAAUAAAUAAAGGAGGGCUUAAGCUUAGUGUACAGCAAUCAGUUUAGAACUACAGGAUAAUUAACACAGCGGGGGGCCAGACUACUCUGCAGUCAGGUUUAAAUGAACGAGUUCACUUUCAUUGAGGCAAACCCGCUCUGCUCCCCAGCGAGCUGUGCGUGCAGCAGCAGUGCCUGCACUGGCAGCAGCAAGUAGGGCCAAGGGUUGCACCCCAUGCACCCCACAGCAGCAGG